AAGUGCAAUUUUCCAGCACCGAGCACCAUGCAGGCCGUUCAUUCCCCCACGCUCAAGCCGUCGCCAUUGGACCCAUUUCGCAGCCGCAACCGCUCCCCCUUCCUCGUUGGCGCUGCUUCAAAAUCCAGGCGACGAGUCUGUGUGGUCGCUGCAUCUGCGGCUUCCACAGUCGGUGCGCCCAAGCGGGAGAAGGACCCCAAGAAGCGUGUGGUGAUUACUGGAAUGGGGCUUGUCUCUGUGUUCGGCAACGACGUGGAUGCUUACUAUGACAGGCUGCUUUGUGGUGAGAGCGGUAUCAGUCUCAUCGAUCGCUUUGAUGCUUCCAAAUUCUCUACACGCUUUGGUGGGCAGAUCCGGGGAUUCUGUUCGGAGGGCUACGUUAACCCCAAGGAUGAUAAGCGGCUUGACGAUUAUUGCCGCUACUGCAUUGUUGCUGGCAAGAGGGCGCUCGAGGAUGCUGGCCUCGGUGGAGAUCACCGCUCUAAGAUGAACAAGGCGCGUGCUGGUGUGGUUGUUGGAACAGGGAUGGGUGGCCUUACAGUUUUAGCCGAUGGUAUUCAGACUUUGUUAGAGAGAGGUCAUAGAAAGAUAACCCCUUUUUUCGUUCCUUAUAGCAUUACAAAUAUGGGGUCUGCCUUACUUGCCAUCGAUAUUGGUUUCAUGGGUCCUAUUUAUUCUAUAUCCACUGCUUGUGCCACCUCUAACUAUUGCUUCUAUACGGCUGCCAAUCACAUCCGUCGAGGACAAGCUGAUCUGAUGCUUGCGGGUGGCUCUGAAGCUGGUAUCAUACCUAUUGGAAUGGGGGGUUUAGCUGCUUGUGGGGCUUUAUCUAAGAGAAAUCAUGAUCCUAAAACUGCUUCCAGGCCAUGGGACAUAGAUCGUGAUGGCUUUGUUGCGGGAGAAGGCGCUGGCGUUCUGGUAAUGGAGAGUUUGGAGCAUGCAAUGAAACGAGGUGCACCAAUUAUUGGCGAAUACUUGGGAGGGGCUAUUAAUUGUGAUGCUUAUCACAUAUCGGAUCCAAGAGCUGAUGGGCUUUGUGUGUCUUCGUGCAUCUUGAGCUGCCUUGAGGAUGCUGGCGUAUCGCCUGAGGAGGUUAACUAUAUUAAUGCACAUGCAACAUCUACCAUUGCUGGUGACUUAACUGAGAUUAAAGCCAUCAAGAAGGUGUUUAAGAACACAUCAGAGCUCAAAAUUAAUGCGACUAAGUCCAUGAUAGGGCACUGCCUUGGUGCUGCUGGAGGUUUGGAAGCCAUCGCCACUUUGAAAGCAAUUCAAAGAGGAUGGUUGCAUCCUUCCAUUAACCAAUUUAACCCAGAUCCUUCAGUUGAUUUAGACACCGUCGCAAACAUAAAGCAACGGCACGAAGUGAAUGUUGCUAUCUCAAAUUCAUUCGGAUUUGGCGGACACAACUCAGUCGUGGCAUUUACCGCAUUCAAACCAUAAGCCCUCUUAAUCUCAAGUUGGACCACUAUAGAUAUUCAUGUGUACUAUCUCAACAUAAACCAAUACUAUGAACCAUAUUUGUAAUGCUAUAAGGAACAAAAAAAAAAAAAAAAAUUAUCUUCCUUUGACCUCUCUCUAACAAAGUUUGAACACCAUUGGAUAAGGCUGUAAGACCACCUAUCCCUCCUCGCACAACCACACCAGCACGGGCUUUGUCCAUCUGUAGUAAAAAUAAUACCAUAGAAGAUACCGGAAAAGGAGAGGUAGAUCUUGUCAUAAUUUAUUACAACUUAUUGCUAGUUUGAACUAAUCAA